UCCAAGGGCAGACCUGCAGUUUUUCUAUUGGUGUGUUAGAAACAUGGAGGCGGAUCUUGUCCGAGCACCUCUGGUCAAAAACAAGUACCGUGUACUGUACCAACUGGAGGACGAGCUGAGUUGUUUUUAAAAAAUACUACUCAUUUACUAUUAUUUAAAAAUGAGGAGAAUUACCGCUGCAAAUGGACGGGUUUAGAUAGCAUUCAGGGCACUCUAUGUUGAUCCGAGUCCGUAGGAGGUGAUGAAUCCCCCAGCUGAGAUGUCCCCUCCCACCGCCCCUGUCGCCACAGAGACACGGAGCAUGAUCUCUGACCCGUCCCACCUCGGAACUCUGGGAAGUAAUGUCCGCCUGAAGGCAGCCACACCUAACAGCACAGGUUGUACCUGGCUGGUUGUCCUAGCAGCGAUAGCUGCAUCUCUCAGUGGCUUGAUGUUGGGCUAUGAAUUAGGCCUGACCUCCGGGGUCCUGCUCCAGCUCAGGGGUAUCCUCUCUCUGUCAUGCCGGGAACAGGAGCUCCUGGUGGGGUCUCUGCUGCUGGGCUGUCUGGUGAUCUCCAUUGUUGGAGGCUGGGGCCUGGACCGCUACGGACGCCGCUGGUCCAUGCUUCUGUCCGGAGGCCUGGUGGCUGGGGGUACCAUGCUACUGCUGCUCCCGGCCUCGCUCACCACGCUGUCGCUCGGCCGCGCCGUGGUUGGCAUGGGGACAGCGUUGUCGGGUACGGCGGCAUGCAUGUACAUAGCGGAGAUUGCGCCACGGGAGCGCCGUGGGUUGUUAGUGACACUGUACGAGCUGAUGGUGGUUGUCGGGGUAUUGCUAGGUUUCGGGUGUAGCUACGCAUUCUCUGCGCUGCCUAAUGGGUGGAGAUACACCUUCGGUCUUGUCCUCCCGCCAGCCGUUCUACAGGCUGCUGCCCUCGUCCUCCUCCCACCCAGCCCGCGCUUCCUCGUUGCCAGGGGCGACUCGGAGCGGGCCAAGGAGGUGCUGGUCCGUCUGAGGGGCGUGGCCAGCAGGGAGACCGUGGAGGAGGAGCUACGGGGCAUCCAGGCGGGGCUUAAGGAGGAAGCGGAGCACGGUUUCCGAGAGCUGUUCAGCGACAAGGCUAACCUGCGCCGGCGAUUGCUAACUGGCGUGGCUCUAGUGUUCCUGCAGCAGACUACGGGUCAGCCCAACCUCCUCUCGUACGCCUCGCCGCUACUACGCAGCGUGGGUUUCCAUAGCGACGCCGCCGCCAACCUCGCCUCUACGGGCUUCGGCGUAGUGAAAGUGGUGGGGACGGUUCCCGCCGUCCUAUUGGUCGACAGGGUCGGGCCCAAGAGCUUCCUGUGUGUCGGUGCGGUCGCCAUGGGGAUGUCGCUGGUGACACUAGGGGCGGUGACCUUGCAGAGCCACACCCAUCUCACCAGCCUAUGCCAGAGCCCUGUGGGGCUGAACCACACCUACCAGGGGCAGGACUUAAACACUCCUUCCUCCGGAUUGGACUAUAGCUCUUUUAAAUUAAUCACGCCCCCUCCUGGUGAGAGCCAAUGGAAUGGCAGUGACUCUGCGGAGGCUCUGGGGACUAAGAGAGAGGAUGCUGGGAUGGGGUCAGGGGUUAGGGGUCGGGGUCACGUGAAGUGGAUCUCACUUGUCAGCCUCCUGGUGUAUGUAGCUGCUUUCUCCUUCAGCCUCGGACCAAUGGUGUAUGUGGUGCUGAGUGAGAUCUUCCCUACAGGGGUCAGAGGUAAAGCCGUGUCUGUCGUGUCGGCUGUCAACUGGGCCACCAACCUCCUCAUGUCCAUGACCUUCCUCUCUGCCACAGAGAGGAUUGGUGUUCCCAACGUGAUGUUCCUGUACGCCACCAUUAGCUUCAUCCUGCUGGUCUUCGUCAUCCUCUUCAUCCCAGAGACUCAGGGACGCACACUGGAACAGAUCUCUAAAGAACUGGCCAAGAAAAAGCAGCUGAAGGUGAGGUUCUGGCGUCGAGUGCAACCCCAGGAGACUCUGUUCACCAUUCACAGGACCCCUGAACUCUCAACUCUGAACCCUCACCCUCUCACCUAGCUGUCCACAGCAGAGGGACGAAGAUCUGGGAGGAGAGAGGAAAUGCGAGAAAUGGAGAGGAGGGAGGCCAAGAAAGGAGGAGGAGAGAGGAACUGGAGAGGAGGGAGGCCGAGAAAGGAGGAGGAGAGAGGUAGAAGAGGGAGGCCGAGAAAGGAGGAGGAGAGAGGUAGAAGAGGAGGAGGAGAGAGGUAGAAGAGGGAUGAUAGAAGGAGAACAACCAUAUGACUAUGAGAUCAGUUUAUUCUCCCUCCCUCGCUCCCUCCCUCGCUCCCUCCUUCCUUCCCUCCCUCCCUCCCUCGCUCCCUUCCUCCUUCCCUCCCCCCUAUAGAGAGAGCAACCCUGAGGCUCAGAUGGAACUCUGACCUCUGAGAUCUGUCUGUCCUCUGGAUUGCUCACCUGUUUGUAACACUUUCUACUGUUUUCAAACAGAAUACACAGGAUUUUAUCUUGGGGGGGGGGGGGGGG